AUGACAUGCCAACUUGGAAAGGUGGUGCAGCACGGUGCGAUUUCAAGCUUCAUGAAGCGCGAAAAGAGCAGCCCAUUGGGCAUCAGAGAUCAUGCUAAUCACAGUCAUAUGAAUGUAAUUAAAUUGUCUUCGGAUGUUGCUUACAAAUUGCUUGGUGUUUCGAGUUAUUUAGUAAAGUAA